AAUAAAAUGGGUUCUCAAGAGAGUAAGUAAGAGGGAUAAAUAUAAGACUCACGAUAUGGGAAAGCUAGAUUAAUAAGAAAAUAGAAUUAGAUAUGUGCAAUGAGGAAAGUGAUAAUAUAGGAUGAAAGUCAACAUGAUGGAUUUAUAAAGAGAGGAAAGAUUGAUCAUGGGAAUAUGGUAAAGAUAUUGGAGAGUGGUAUACAGAAAGAAUAGGAAUUAUGUACUACAUAUUAGAUGAUGUACAUAAUAAGUGAAUAUUAUGCGACUUCAUUUCAUAAGGAGAUAGUGAACAGAAAAGGUAGAGGAGCAUUUUGGACGGAGUAAGAACUAUGGAAUCAAUUGAUGGGAUUAGUAGAUGUAAUGUAUAAUAAAAUAUAAAGUUGUUAAUGAAAAUGCAAGAAAAAUAAUUAGUUCAUUAAAACAUAAGACCAUUAACAAUAAGUUAUAUUAAUGAGCAUACAUUGAAACUUAGUGAUAAUUACUUUUAGUAAAGUGCAUUUUAGAUGGCAUAACAGAAUCCUGAAAAUUAAAAAUUAUUUGAAUUAUCACCAAAGUUAUUGGAGGCUAUAAAUUAGAAUAAUCAAUUCCCUAGACAUAAUCUAUAUAAAAGUGAUGUUUGGAGUUUAGGAAUGUGUAUGUUGUAAGCAAGUCUAUUAGAUCAUUGUAGAGAUUGUUAUGAGUAAUAUAAAUAUAUUAUAUAGUUUUGAUGGAGGACAUGUUGAUUUAUCAAGAAAACUAGUAUUAUUAAAAAAGAAUUAUUCUAUUAAAUAUGAAUCUAUUAUAAUUGCUAUGUUAUAAAUUGAUGAAUAAUCUAGACCAGAUUUUUUAUUAUUAAAUAAUUUAAUGAAAGGUAAUAAUACAGAUUUAGCAAUAUCAAAAUCAUUAGAAAAUUCAUUAAUUAAUUGUUCUGCUGUUUGUAAUGAUUCCAAAUCUCCUUUGAAUUUAAAAGAAGAUAUUUCACCAGAUCAAUUAAAUUAGUUAAAAGAAUAAGUAGUAAGCAAUCCUAGUAAAAUUAUUAUCGAAUUUGAAUUAUUGAGAAUCAAACCAAAACUUACAAUUAAGAAAACUAAAAAGAAAGAAUUAGGAUAUUUUAAGUAUUAGGAUCAAAUGGUUAUAAGAGAUCCAAGUAAAUCAUCAAUUUAAUAAAAAUUAAAUAAUUAUGCAUCUGUUGAUUAUUCAUUUAAUAAAUAGUUAGUUAAUUCCUAAUUGUAAUUCACAAAUUCUUCAUAAAAGAAAACAAAUACUGAUAAGGAGAAGAUUGAAUAAUUGAUUGGAAAUGGAUUACAAUCAUAUUCUAUUGGUUUAGGUGUAUCACCUACAAUAGCACCUAAACCUUAAAUAUCUUUUAUGGAAUCAUAAAAAUAAUAUUAAUCAGAAUCCACUAAAAUUAGUAAUCCUAAUUUGAUUGAUACUAAUCCAUCAUUUAAUAGUAUUAAUUAUACAGAGAUACCAUAUAUAGUUAAAAAAGAUAUUAAUUAUAAAUAAGAAAUGGAAUAAAUGAUUGAAAUGAAUAAAUCAAGAUGUUUUAAAACAGAACAAUAUCAAGAUGGAUCAUAAUAUGUAGGAGAAAUCUAUAAUCAAUUAAGAGAUGGAUUUGGCAGAUAUCAAUUUGUAGAAGGUGGUUAUUAUGAAGGAUAAUGGAAGUAGAAUAAAAUGCAUGGAUAUGGAACACUUUUCUAUGCAAUUGGUUAAAAGGCUUAUGAAGGAUAAUUUGAAAAUGAUCAAUUCUCUGGAUUUGGAACUUUGUACAAUAAAGAACCUACUAAAUUGAAUGUCCCAUUUGAUUGUUCUAAUUUUGAUCUUAUAGGAAAGUAAAUACUUCAUUCUAAUCUAUUUUUUUAGUUAUUGGGUUAAAUAUGUGGGUAAUUUUAAGAAUGAUCUUAAAGAUGGUUAAGGAGCAUUAUAUCUAUCAAAUGAUGAAUGUUAUAAAGGAGAAUUCCAUUAAGAUUAUGUUGAUGGUCAUGGUUCAUUUGGCUUAAUUGCUGGAAUUUGGCGUAAAAAUAAAUUGAUUAAAUGA